AUCUUGAGCAAGGCAUUUAAAUCCAGGGAAUAAGCCUAUUCUUCUCGUCCCUCCACCCCCCAGCCUAUCUGUACAGUGAAAAGGGAAACAAACAGAAGCAAAGUUUGCAGCCUUGUGAUUUUUCCUUUUGACAAGAGCAAAGUGGCAUCGUGUCCUGAGACUGCUCUGAAGUAAACCCUCCUCCCUUGCCUUAUCCUAUGCACUGAGCACCUUAAGAGAAAAGCUGCUUUAGGAGCAGCAUUCAGUUGCUCCUGGCUGAAGCAUGGAAAUCUCUACUCUCGCCACGUACCACUGCCUUGCUUUUGUCUGGUAUUUUUUCAUUGCCUAUUCCAUCUCACAUGUGAAAACAGAGGAGCGGCCAUCUGAAGUGUUCCUUUACGGUGGGCAGUGGAAAUAUUUGACAGUCCUCAAUCUGGUUUUGCAGGCUGUCUUCUAUGGGGUGUCCUUCCUGGCUGAUGUGUUGAGACUAAUUAAGAAACUGCGAUGUGCUAAGUGCGUAAUUUCCAGCAGAGACCUUCUUUUCAGUGUCCUGGCUUUCCCAGUGUCCAUGUUUGUGUGUAUAUCUUUUUGGACACUGUAUACCUACAACCGAGAGCUGGUUUACCCCAAAAGUCUUGAUGGAGUCAUCCCGCUCUGGUUAAAUCACGCUAUGCACACAGCUGUAUUGCCAUUUGCUCUCCUGGAAAUCCUUGCCUUGCCACAUCGUUACCCAGCAAAGAAGAAGGGAUUGAUCCUACUGGGACUUGUCGCUUUUCUGUAUAUCAGUUGGGUCCUGUGGAUUUAUUCUGUAACAGGAGAGUGGGUAUAUCCUCUCUUUGCUUUGUUCAGCCCCCCUGGGCUAGCAGCCUUUUUUGCCGGUAGCCUUGCUGUCAUCGUCUCCUUCUACAACUUCGGAGAGUUCCUCAACCGUAUGAUAUGGGAUUGA